AUGCCUCCGGCCUGGGCGCUGGUGCUGCUCUGGGGGCUGCUGGCCCGCGGCGCCCGGGGCUGCCUGCAGUGCGACCACUCGGCGCGGGGGGCCCUGGACCAGCUGCGCGCCGCGCUGCUCCCCGCCCGCUUCCCCCAGGAGCGGCUGCGGGCGCGCGCCCAGGCCCUGCUGCUGGGCAUGGAGGGGCCUUUCUUCCGGGACUACGCGCUCAACGCGUUUGUGGGCAAAGUGGGAAUCGAUCAGCUGGAACUUGUGGCGGCCUUUGUCAAGAAUCAAACAGGCAACUUAAGGUCGAGUUCUCUGAGAGAUGGGCCUCUGCUGGAAGAACUGGUGGCUGUUAGGGAGAGGGUGAUCGAGGAACUGAAGAAAGCCUUAAGAUCUUAUGAAAUAAAAGCCUGCGAUCGCAAAAUUUGCCGCUUGCUAAAAGAAGAGGUCUUGGACUGUUUACACUGCCAGAAGAUCAGUCCCAAAUGUAUCAAAGAAAAGUACUGUUUCGGUAAGCUCCUGGGGGUCGGGGAAGACAGGGGACAGAGGCAUGAGAGAUGAAGACAGCCAUGUCCCAGUGGAUGUGGGUUUUGAGGUCUCCCACGUGCAGCCUUGAAUACUGCCCUUAACACUGACUCACAGUGUGGCCCAGAAGUGGCUUCCAUAUUCUGAAAUUUACUUUCCCCCUAUUAUUGAAUGGGAAGACGCCUCUGUAACUUUACAAUACUUCUAAUGCUGGAAUGGCUCAUUCAUUCACUCAUUCAUUCAGAGAUUUAAAAAAUAUAUAUCCUUAUAGCAGAGAGAAUAGCACAAUGAACCCCUAUAUAUCCAUCAAGAUUGAAGAGUUAUGCUGAACCUUUUCACGUGCCGUUCCCUCUCUCUGUCACCCUGUUCCUCUCACUCCCUCAUGUCAAUAAAGUCUCAAAGUUCACUUUCUCAGAGAGGACCCCCUAACCACACUCUCUAAAGUUGCACUUUCUAUCAAAUUAUGUUGACAAUGAAUGUUUCACAUUUGCUUCACUUAUUUAUUGCAUAGUGUUUUAAAAGAAAUUAGGCAUCAUGAGAUUUCACCCAUAAAUAAUGUGUACCUCUAAAAAUAAGGACAUUUCCUGCAUAACCACAAUGUUGUUCCCACAUCCAACAACCUAACAACAAUUCUUCAACAUCAAAUAAUUCCAACUUCCCCAAUUGUCCCCAGAGUAUCUUUCACAGUGGAUUCAUUCAAACCAGGCUCCAAUGAAAGUACUUCUCACGUGAUUCAAUUGCUACGUUUUUUCACUUCUUUUUUUAAUCUAGAAGAGUUUCUCUUAUCAGUUUUCCCCCCAUGACAUUGAGUAGUUGAAAAGAAAGAAUUCAUCUAUUUUCUCCCUUAGGAUGAUACUUAACUAAAACAAGUAUUUUGAGCACCCUAUGAUACCCCUAACUGAGGAUCAGCAGAAUGGGAGACAAAUGUCCCAUAGAGCCCUCAUUUUAGUGGGGUGAAGUGUUAGAUUAGGGUUUCUCUGGCACUAUUGACACGUGGGUCUGGAUCAUUCUUUGUGAUGAGGGCCGUCCUGUGUAUUGUAGAGUGCUCGGCAUCACCCUUCCCCUCCACCCAAUAGAUGCCAGUAGUCCUCCCCCCAACAAAGUCGUGACAAUCAUUUCCAGUCCUCAGACAUUUCCAAAUGUCCCCUGGGGAACAAAAUUGUCCCCAGCUGAGAGCUGUUGUUAGAUGAUAAUUACAUGAGCAAAUAAAUGGGCUAAUUCCAGAUAGCAAUAGUGCUCUAAUGAAAACAGAACAGAACAGUUGAUAGAAAGUGCCUGGGGCGAGGAGCAGUGCUACUUUAGACAGUGCAGGGUGGGGACCUCUUUGAAGACGUGAUAUUUGAGAUCUAAAGGAAGUGAGGGAGUGAGGGAACAGUGUGAAGGAUAGAGGGAAGAGCAACAGCAAAGACCCAAGAUGGUUGAGCAACAAGAAGGAAGCUAGUGUGGCCAGAGCCGAGUGGGUGAAGAGGAGGGUAGUAGGGUAGCUAGUCACAUGGUGCCCAGAUCGUGCGGGGCCUGGGGGACCAUGGUGAGGACUUGGGCUUUUAUUCUGAAUAAGAGGAGAGCCACGGUGGAAGGGGUUCGCAAGGGGACGUAGGUGUUCACAGGCGCCCUCUGGCGGCCAUAUGGGGAAUUGUAGGGUGAGGAGACGAGAGGAGACCCCUAAGAGGAGCGAAUGUUGGGGGCUGGCCCAAGUCGAUCAAAUUCUGGAUACGUUUUGAAAGUCGAGCCAAGAAGCUUUGCUGGGGGAAGAUGCAGAAGACAAGGCCACGUUCAGAGUCACCAGCUAAGAUGCUGAGUUUCCUCUUGUCGUGAGAUUGUCUGCAUUUUGCAUCCCCCUCUCAUGUUCCCGGGCAGUCGAACUACCCAAGUCCUCCCCGCACCCCCAUCCGAUGAGAUGCAUUUAGCGCUGGGCUCUUGGCUGUUCACUGUGACGUGCUGUGUAGACUGUCGGCGCCGCGAGGGCAGGGAUGUUCACCAGUAGAGUUCACGGCAGUGUCCUGAGCGCCUAGAACCGAGCCUGGGACACAGAAUUUGAAGAAUGGAUGAAUGGAGAGUCACACCCCGGGAGAGGGCAGGGGCCACGGAGCGAGGCAGGAGAGAGAGGCCCAGACUGCUGAGUGAGCAGGUGGAUGGGUGCGAGGCCAGGGAAGGGUGGUGACCUGGAGGUCGGGGCUGUCUCCCCCGCCCGCCCCAGUCGACGGGCAGCCCCGCAUGGACCUGCAGUACCAGAAGGCGAGUGGGUACCCGUGGAAUCAGGCCCUGUUCGGCAUCAUCAUUUCCGUGUGUCUGGCUGUCUUCCUCUUCGGGGUCAUCGUAGCUUCGUGAGUCAUCCCUACCCUCUCCUGAGACCCCCACCGGGCCCCUCAAAACUGGCACUGCCCUGGAUCGGUCACUGUGUCAUUUGGGCGAGUCCUCCCCAGUCACUUGAUAUAUCUGGCUCUGUCUCCCUGUCUCUCCCUUUUUCUCUCUCCCCCUUUUCUCUCUGUCUCUCCUUCCCCCUCUCCAUCUCUUCUCUUUCUCUCUCUCAUCUCUAUCUCUUUGUCCAUCUCUCUUUCUCUGUCGUCUCCUCUUCCCCCCAUCCCUGGACCACAUUAUGUCUUUCCUGGGUCCUCAGCACUUUUGCCUUCGCGGGUCUCUUCCUCCAUAAAAAAAUGCUACAAAUUCUAUUUUGUGAAUGUGCUGGUAUGAAGAUAGAUAUAACCCAGGCUGGAUAGGUUAUUAUAUAUUCUUGAGCAGCAGCAUCAUUGUUAUAUUCAUUUAUUUUCUU